CUCCCUCAUUCACCAAAGUCGCGCGGCAGGCCACUGCUGAUGCCCAGAGAGGCCUUGAACAUAAAGGAGCCGCUGGGGCUUCUUGGGGGGAACCAUAAAGGGGGAACUUUGGCCUGUGGGGAUGUAGAUCAGGAUGGGCUGCCUGGAGGAAGGGGCCUCAGAGCUAUUAGAUUGGCAUUGCUGGUAAAGGCAGAAGGCAGUGUACUAGGCCCAGGAUCUGCCCCACACCGUGACACCUGUCUGUGGCUGCCUUGGUUUCCUCUUCGAUCCCUGUCCACCCUCCCCCACCUCCAAUACCCGGAAUCCUGACCAUCGGGCUGGAACCUGCUGCCCGGAGCAACCAGGCAAACAGAACUCUGCACGACCUCUGAGCUGUUCUCUGGGUGGGCUGCCUGUGCUCCCACCUGCCACCCUCUGGGCCUGCCCAGGCUGCCCCCCUCCAUGCAGCACCCGAAGCCCUUCUACACUCCUGCAGCCCCCCAAGAAGGUUUCAGCCCUCGGGGCCUGGAUGGCACCGAGGGGCCAGGCAGCCAGCCCACUCCUGCCUGCACAGAGCCUCUCCCCACUGUGGGUUCCUCCAACUUGUAUCACCCCCCAAACCUGGAGAAAGAGGUGUUUCCAGGCCCCCCAGCAGGUUUCCAGAUGGCGCCCUGCGGCUGCUUCUUUGACCCCCGCAUUUACCGAAUCGAGUGGGCCACCACCGACUUUGGCCAGGCGUCCCUGUACAAGCUGGCAGCAGCGGGUGGUGGGGUGCCAGUGGGGGGCCCCAAUUCACCCAGCACCUACCUCCUAGAGUCCCAGCACUACCUCAAGGCCCCGGUGCCGCCUCCACCGUACCCCCAUUUCCAGCCAGUCCCCGGGGGCCCCCAGUACCUCCUGCCCUACUUCCCCGCUGAGGGGCCCGGGCCUGAGGCCCUGGGCUUUAUGGGGGAUGGGGGAGCCCCCGCCUUUGUGGAGCUGCCCCCACCCCUGCUCAAGGAAGGCCUGGUGCCCCUGCCACCGCUGCUGCCCUCCCAGGAAAACCAGCUGCCGCCUGUGGUCAUCGCACUGCCUGCGGAGGCCGCGCGGCCCCCCGGGGGCUAUGGCCGCCUCAAGGGUCGCGUGAGCCAGCUCCACAUGCCCGGGGAGUCCCCAGCCUUCCCCGCGAAGGAGCUGCAGGGCAGUGGCCCUGGGCCGGGCCUGCUGUACCCCCCAGGCCCUGGGGGGCCCAAGGCACCCCCGUUGGAGGAGGGAGAGACCAGGUCCCCCGAGGCCGCCAGGGCCUUCGUGCUGCCUGAGAAGGUGCUGCUGGAAGACGCCAUGAAGCUCUUCGACUGCCUGCCGGGGGGUGCCGAGCCCGAGGGGUCCCUGCGCAAGGCCCCGGGGCCGGCCCUGCCCGACAGCGGGGGUGGUGGGGAUGACUCCUCCAGCGACAUCCGCUCGCUGCACCUGCCGGACGAGCUGCUGUCCUUCGACUACAGCGUGCCCGAGAUCCUGGACACUGUGUCCAACGUGGACUACUUUUUCAACUUCAAGGCGCUCGAUGAGGAGCCACCACCCUGCCCCGGGCCCCCCGCCGUCACCAUUGCGGCCCCUGUGCUUCGGGCUGAGCCCCCCAGCAAGAGAAAGUCUGGUGCCUCAGCCACCAAAAAGGGGAGACAAGGAGGCAAGAGUAAGCAGGCCAUGGGCCUGGCCGGCGCCCCAGCCCCUGGACCCAGGCAGGACCUGGGAGCCACCCCCCAUUAA